AUGGCUCAAGUCGAGCGCCUGGCUAAGCAUAUCGCGUCCGAUGAAGUUUGCGACCCAUCACAGAUCACCCACAUAUUUUCAUCAGACCUGCAGCGAGCAAAAGUCACUGCAGAAGGUAUCUGCGCAGCCUUGGCCCCAAAUCCUAGCAACCCAUCCUUGAAGCCGACUUUGGCCGCAACUUUGAGAGAGCGAGAUUUUGGAAGCAUGGAGGGAGUACGCUCGACAAAUGACUACGAGCUAAGCCACUUGGAAACUAGGCUUGACGAGGGAGCUAUCAAGGUAUGGAAAGACUCUGAGUCGGAAGUCUCAAUGAAAUCUCGAGUCACGACCUUUUUCAAUGAGCAUCUUCGAUCCAUGUUAGAUCUGGACUCUGAAGAUUAUGCGGAGGACCAAGUUGUGAUUGUUGUUGCUCACGGUAUCAUUCUUCGCGUUCUUUGGAACUUUCUGCUGGGACUUUUUCUUCCGGAGAACAUUGUCUUCGACAUCCAUGUCUAUUCCACCGGGCCUGGGGACACGUUCAGACCUUCCUGGUCUAAUACUGGCUUCUUGGAUCUCCUUAUCACCCCUUCAGAUCUCAAGGCAGAAGGACUUCCGCAAUUCACAUUACGAGGCUGGCAAAUCAAAGUUCAAGCCUCAAAUUAUACCACUCACCUGGAUGGUCUUCGACGCACUAAAGGUGGAAUCGGAAGCGCUGCACAUGACAAAAAGCAAAAACAGAUCAAAGAUUUCUUUCGCUGA